AUGAAUCCAUCAAAAUUAAGUCAUUCAGAAUUGGGGAAUUUUGAUAAAUAUAUAGAAGAUCUAUAUAAUGGUUAAUUAUUAAGUGAAAAUGAUCUAAAGCUAGUGUGUUAAAAAGUGUUAAUAUUUGCAUUAUUAAUCAGGCCAAAGAAAUACUCGUUGAUGAACCAAAUAUUGUAGCAGUAAGAGCACCUUUAACAAUAUGUGGUGAUAUACAUGGUUAAUUUCAUGAUCUAAUUGAAUUGUUUCGUAUCGGAGGCAGAUUGCCAGUAUUUUUAAGAAAAUUUAUUAAGGAAACAAAUUAUCUCUUUCUUGGCGAUUAUGUAGACCGUGGUUCUUAAAGCGUCGAAACAUUUAGUCUUAUACUUUGUCUAAAAAUACGUUAUAAAGAUAGGUUGACUGUUUUGAGAGGUAAUUAGUUAAAUUAAGAUAGGCAAUCAUGAAAAUAGAGAAAUUAAUAAGAUUUAUGGAUUUUAUGAUGAAUGUUAAAGAAAGUAUGGAAAUGAGAUAGUAUGGAAGCACUUUACAGAUGUUUUUGGAUAUUUGCCAUUAGUGGCUAUAGUUGAAAACAGCGUAAAUAGUAUUUUUAUUACUAGAUAUUCUGCACUCAUGGAGGUCUAUCACCAGCAAUAGAGACAGUUGAUUAGAUAAAACAAUUAAAUAGAAUUUAAGAUAUCCCACAUGAUGGUGCAAUAUGUGAUUUAUUAUGGAGUGAUCCAGAAGAAACAAAGAUGGGAUGGGGUGUUUCUCCUAGAGGUGCAGGAUGGACAUGGGGUUAAGAUAUAACAGAUAAAUUUUUACAUCAAAAUAAAUUGAAAUUGAUUGCUAGAGCACAUUAAUUAGUAAUGGAAGGAUUUUAGCAUGUUCAUCAACGAAAAACAGUUACAAUAUUCUCAGCACCAAAUUAUUGUUAUAGAUGUGGAAAUCAAGCUUGCAUUGUAGAAGUUGAUGAUCAGCUAAAAAUGAGUUUGUAAAUUAUUUAACUAUAAAAAGCUCAUAAUAUGAACCUGCUCCAAGAGAUAAUGAACCUUAGACAACGAGAAGAGUACCAGAGUACUUUUUAUGA